AGGAGUUUAUGUUAGUCUAGUACCCAGUAGCUAGUUGCACACUCCCCUACAUCUCGACGGCCAUUUUGAGUUAGAGCUCCACUAGUUAACACUGCAGAAAGUUUUUGCAUCCAUGAGUUCCAUUUCCAUCUGGAUCGCAGCUAUCCUCCUCUUGCCAACCUUGUGCGCUUCCGAUGACCGGCUUGUCCCAGGCAAGCCGCUCUUACUUGGCUCCACCAUCACCUCUGAUGGUGGCGACUUCGCCCUGGGCUUCUUCUCCCCAUCCAAUUCCACUCCGGAGAAGGUCUACCUCGGCAUAUGGUACAACAACAUCCCUCGGCUUACCAUGGUGUGGGUUGCUAACCGGGAAGCACCGGCCAUCUCCUCCUCAGCUCCUUCGCUUGUUCUGACCAACACCUCAAAUCUUGUCUUGUCCGAUGUGAAUGGCCGUGUCCUCUGGACAACCAACACCACCACUGCUGCUGCAAGCUCCUCGCCAUCGCCAAGGUCGAAUGCUACUGGGUCGGUAGCAGUGCUUCUGAACACAGGCAACCUCAUUCUUCGGUCGCCAAACGGCACGACGCUGUGGCGGAGCUUCGACCACCCGGCAGACACUCUCCUCCCAGGCAUGAAGAUACGGAGGAGCUACAAGACACAUGAUGGCAACCGCCUUGUUUCUUGGACUGGACCGGAGGAUCCCUCGGCGGGCACCUUCUCCUUCAGUGGAGAGGCAGACCCGUUUGCGCAGGGCUUCAUCCGGAAUGGUUCACAACCAGUGUGGCGCAGUCCUGUAUGGACAGGCUACAUGGUCUCCAGCCAGUACUUUCAGGCGAACACCAGAAUUGGUAUCUACAUAGCAUAUGUGGACACCGUCGACGAGGUGUCCAUGGUCUUCACCGUCUCCGAUGGUGCUCCACAUGUGCGGUAUGUGAUGAGCUACUCUGGCAGGCUAGAAAUAUUCAGUUGGAACAGGGAUUCAUCAAAUUGGACCAUGCUUACGGCAUGGCCGAGCCACGAGUGUAGCAGGUACGGCUACUGUGGGUUCUCUGGCUACUGUGACUACACGGAGGCUACCCCGACUUGCCAGUGCCUUGAAGGGUUCGAGCCCGUGGAUGCGGGAGAAUGGAGCACCGGCAGGUUCGAGCAGGGCUGCCGGCGAAAGAAGCCACUGCGAUGUGGGGACAGUUUCUUGGCAUUGCCGGGUAUGCAGGUGCCUGACAAGUUUGUACGCAUCAGGAAGAAAGUCCUCAGUGAGUGUGAAGCGGAAUGCAGAAAUAAUUGUUCUUGUGUGGCCUACGCAUAUGCAAAUUUGAACAGCAGCAUAAUGAAGGAUGACCCGACAAGGUGCCUUGUGUGGAUUGGUGACCAGCAGCUAAUUGACACACAGAAGAUAGGUGUGACUCCCUAUAGUACUGCUGGUGCUGACAGUCAAGAGACGCUAUAUCUCCGAGUUUCAGGCAUGCCAGGUGGAAGGACAAAAAAAAAUACAAAUGUAGUGAAAACUAUACUACCAAUUCUAGCGGGUGUUACUGUCCUCACUUCCAUUUUACUUAUAUGGGUCUGCAAGUUCAGAGGUUUGUUUUCCAUUCUAUAUACUGAUUGCAGUUACUUAAGAACAAAUACUCACCAACUUUUGGGAGCAGGAAGGAAAAGAAAUGUGGAAAUUCACAAUAAGGUAAUGCUUGGUGGUUCUUCAGAAGAACUUCGAGAAGAAAACGCUACCCAUGAUUUUGAACUUCCAUUCCUGAAAUUUCAAGAUAUCCUUGUUGCAACAAACAAUUUUUCCAACAUAUCUAUGAUUGGACAAGGAGGUUUCGGCAAAGUCUACAAGGGGACACUUGAAGAUGGUCAAGAGGUUGCAAUCAAAAGACUUAGUAGGGACUCAGACCAAGGAAUACAGGAGUUCAGAAAUGAAGUUAUUCUAAUUGCCAAACUACAACACAGAAACUUGGUUCGACUUCUUGGUUGCUGUGUUGAGGGAGAUGAAAAGCUACUGAUUUAUGAGUAUUUGCCCAAUAAAAGCUUGGAUGCUGUAAUUUUCAACUGUGAACAGAAUGCAGCACUUGAUUGGCCACUAAGGUUUACAAUAAUCAAAGGAAUUGCUAGGGGGCUUCUUUACCUCCAUCAUGAUUCAAGAUUAACAAUAGUUCAUAGGGAUCUCAAAGCUAGUAAUGUGUUGCUAGAUGCAGAGAUGAGACCCAAAAUAGCAGACUUUGGUAUGGCAAGAAUCUUUGGUGACAACCAGAAAAACGCAAAUACAACACGAGUUGUUGGGACAUAUGGUUAUAUGGCUCCUGAAUAUGCAAUGGAGGGUAUUUUCUCUGUGAAGUCUGAUGUCUAUAGCUUUGGCGUGUUACUUUUGGAAGUUGUAAGUGGUAUAAAGAUAAGCUCUGUUGAUCGCAUCAUGGGUUACCCAAACCUAAUUGUCUAUGCAUGGAACCUUUGGAAGGAAGGGAAGGCAAAGGAUUUGGUAGACAAGUGUAUUGUGGAGAACUGCUUACUAGAUGAAGCCUCACUUUGCAUCCACAUGGGGCUCUUGUGUGUUCAGGAAGAUCCUGAUGAUAGGCCAUUCAUGUCUAAAGUUGUGUUCAACUUGGAGAAUGGAUGCACAGCGCUACCAAAGCCAAAUCAUCCUGCAUAUUUCGCGCGGAGAAAUAGUGACAUGGAGCAAUUAAGUGAAGACAUCUUAAACUCUAAGAACACAGUGACUCUUACAGCCAUAGAUGGGCGAUAAAAUAUUUCUCAUGUUAGCUGUACACCUUUUGUCAAGCUUAAUGCUGCAAUGAGAUAACUGCAUUGCUAGUAAUCUCGAUGCUAGAUUAUGUGUGGGAAACCAAACCCAGUCUGGAGUGAAAUAUGAUAAAAAGCUAUAUGAGGCUCAAAGCAUGGCAGUGAUGCAACAGAAAGUCAGAAAACAUACAUAGCACUUGUAAAACGGCAUGGCAAUUGAAACUUUUGGACUUACUCAAAAUGCUUCAGGUUUCACAAGGGCAGCCAACGCAUGGGGUUCCUUACUUCCUUAGCAUGUAUCAGGACAUAAUCAAGCACCUUCCAGAACAACGCAUCCUUUUCCAGAGCAUAAUUAUUUAC